UGUAAACACCCGGGAACAGGGUAAGUUGUUUUGCUUCGCAAGCGGCCAUUUUGUGGCGUGUUUUCUCUCGCUAUGUCCACGUUGCAAAAGCCUACGGACCACGACGCAUGGGCCUUGCUGGCCCUUCGGUCAGCACCAGCAAGUCCAUCAAGAAUGCGAUGGAGCCCUGGGCCUCAUGGAACUGCUAUCGCGCGAUUAGAAGGCAGAGACUUCGAAUUUUUGAUGCGUCAAAAUCGCAUCUCGAUCGGUCGCAAUAGUAGCAAAGGGGAAGUGGAUGUAAACAUGGGUCAUUCAAGCUUUAUAUCCAGAGUUCACUUGGAAAUAUUUUUUGACGAUUCUAAUUUCUUCAUGGUGUGUAAUGGGAAGAAUGGUGUCUUUGUGGAUGGAGUGUUUCAGAGAAAGGGAGCACCGCCUCUUCAGCUCCCGAAAACGUGUGUUAUUCGGUUCCCCAGCACCAACAUCAAGAUCAUGUUCCAGUCAUUGGUUGAUGACAGCCUGCCUGCAGAACAAAUUCGCCUUCCUAGCCCACCAAAGCCCAACCCCAUGCCCCCACUGAAGAUAAACAUUCCAGAAAAUGAUGCUAACUUCAAUAGUCCCUGCCCCUCACCUACAGCAACAAUAAGUGCUGCAAACUCCUGUCCAACCAGUCCACGUGGUGGUACAAGUCAUCGCCUUAGUUUUGUGCCAGACCUCCAGAUGGCAGCUGCGUAUGCAGCAGCUCAUCCAAGAGAAGACAAGGACAAUGGAAGCAGUAGUAGCAUCCCACCCCCACCAGUCAGCAGUGGUAGUGGCAGCCCUAGAGAUGAAUCUAAACCUCCAUACUCAUAUGCUCAGCUUAUUGUUCAGGCAAUCACGUCGGCCCCAGACAAGCAGUUAACCUUGAGUGGCAUCUAUGCCUAUAUAACAAAGAAUUAUCCAUAUUAUAGAACAGCAGAUAAAGGAUGGCAGAAUUCCAUAAGGCAUAAUCUUUCCUUGAACCGAUAUUUUGUAAAAGUUCCUCGGUCACAAGAGGAGCCUGGGAAAGGAUCCUUCUGGAGAAUCGACUUGGCGUCUGAGGCCAAGCUUACUGAACAAGCCUUUCGUAAAAGGCGACAACGGGGCGUGCCCUGCUUUAGAACACCUUUUGGAGGACUGUCUACCAGGUCUGCCCCUGCUUCCCCCAGCCAUGUUAGCGGUACUUACACUCCAGACAGUUUAUCUAGAGAAAGUAGCCCUAUACCAGAAGGGAGUAGCGAGUCCACGGAAACACCUCCACCAGCUAAUCCUACUGCUAACCAGACAGUUCUGACGCUAUCACAACAAAUCAGAUACACACAGUCUGCACCAGGUUCACCAGCUGGAACGCCAAGGGUUAUGUCUCCUAUGAACUUUGCUGUCCCCCCACAGACAGUAAGCAGUGCUGUACAUCAGCUGCCGACAGUGAUCACAAAGCCCAAAGUGUACAUAUCACAACCAGCUCACUCUGCAGCAGUUUCAAGUACAACUAAUGGACCACUUAUGGCUAAUGGAACACAUCAUGAUGUCAAAAAAGAAGUAGUGACUGUUGUGACUCCUGGUCAGUCACAACAGCAGACGUCACAGAUGAUAAGACAAAUGGUCAGCAACCAACAGGGAAUUCAACCUUCGAACAUUGGGAUGACGCCAGUGAAUGCUGCUGGUCAGCAGCAGCAUGUGUCAUUCCCUGGGUCUGUGUCCUCUACCUCCCAGUCCAGGAUAUCCCCUUUUCAACCCCCGAGUCACCCUCCCAGUCAAUCUACAGCACCACAGUAUCAGCAACCUACAGCCCCUUUGCAGCAACCUCUGAUAAGCAGUGGCAGCGCGUCAGCUAUGGGGCAGGUGCCUGUGUCCACAGCAUUUGUGAAGAGAGCCCUGGAUGUAGAUUCAAGUGGGAGAUCUGAACCAGAAUCAAGUUCAGAGGCAAAGAAAGCAAAAGUUGAACAAGACGAAAAUAAAAACUGAGGUUUGCAGCAGGCCCUAUUUUAUUGAAAUUGAUGUGGAAGUCUUAUGGAAUCCAAUGCCAUUCCAGUUGUGACAAGAUGUGGACACACCUCCUCAUGAGCAGUGUUAGUGGACAGUACAGACAGUGUUGUGUAUGCCAGCAAGUGUCCUACUUAAUUCUAGCUUCAGCUUCUGUACAGUUUAUAGAAUUACAAAAGUGCUCAGAAUCAAAUAAUUGAAAACUGUUGCUAAGGACAAUGUACUCUCUGAACAGAGAUCAAUAUUCACAUAUACAUGAACUCUGAUGGUCCCCCUUCCAGUUUGCUCUGUUUGGUUUUAUCAAAAUUCAGCAGCUCAAUUACUGUCUUUGUUAUGUAUGCCUGCAUAAGAACAACAUUUUGUUUGAAUUUUCUUGCGCUAUGUGUAAACAACUAUACCAAAGAAAGGUCAGUUUCAGUUACCCUAAGUUGUACUAGGUGUCCUGGAUAUGGAAAGUGUAGUUGCUCUGGCAUAAAGGGAGGCUGGACAAAGAUGGGGGUAGUCAAGUCCCUGAUCAAAGCAUACAGCAGAGUGAACAUGUGCGUGUGUAAGAAAAGAAGUGUAGUUGUUUUGUACAAGUCAGUCAUUGCCAAGCUUAGUUGUGUAGAUGGAUACUGUGUUGGUGAAGUGUGUCUGAGAACUGGACAGAUCAGAGGAGAUGGUGUUAGGUAGAGGAAUAAUUGUUGCAAAGUAACAAAAAUUGGGAUAAUUGAUAUGAGGGGGAAUGGCAAAAUGUACCACCUGUACAUGAAGGGAGGGAAUAGAAAUGUUUGUACAUUGCAAAUGAUUUAGUUAGAAGCAGUUUAACUGUAUGCACAAUAUAACCCUGGAAUGUAUCUUUUACUUGUACAAAUCUUAUACCAACAAUGCUUGUUUUAUACAAAAUACAAUGAUGCAUUUUUAGAAUGUUAAUGUAUCCUUUUUAUGAUGUUUAACCAAGUCUGGAAAUUGGUCGGUUUAUGCAGAAGAGAUUAUAAUGUAUUGUUAUUAUUCUCCUGGUUUGAUGGGACUGUGCAAACUUAUUGGUAGUGUGAGUAUAAAUAACAGUAUUAUUGAAAUUUCUUGAAACAAAACAUUUCAGAAAAACAAGAUCCCUAUGAUGUAGAAUGUCUUUUAAGACUUGAAUGUGGAAACAUUUUUUUGAACAAGAAGGGAUAACAUUGUUAUGAAUAUACAUUUAAUGUAGUGGUAUGGUGGUGUAAAGCAUGUUGCUAACCUGCUGUCAUACAGUGGCAUAAAGGAUUUGUUGUACAGUUUAUACCCUGUUACUGUAUGUCAUUAAUUUCAGUGAAUAUUUCAUGAUAACAAGGCCUGUUCAAUGUUUAUUAUAUAAAAAAUAAAAAUAACCCAAAGUG